GCCUUCUAGAUGAGUACAAACGUCAAGAGCCAGCCAUGUCCAAACUCCUCCAGGGCACAUUUGGGAGGGUCUUCAGGUCUGACCACACCAGGAAAGUUGCAAGAAAAGUAACGCUGGCAUCUGGGGUCAUGUCAAGUUAUGCAAUAAUGAAUGAGAACUGGCUGAUUGUUUCCUGGGUGAUGGUUCAGUCUGAGACUCAGAGGUCCUUGGAGCCGAUGUACCAGGGAUUGGCCAAGAGGUACAACGAUGCUGGAGUGGAAAAGGCAGGCUUCCACUGGAUGGACAGGGAUUGCUGUGCUCCAUUUAAGAUCCCAGACUGCAUCCCUGCUGAACAUCUAAACUGGGAUGCCUGGAAGACUACCCCUUCCAUUGUUGCUGGGGCCACCUCUGGACCGCUGGAGAACACCUGUGCCUCACGGUCAUAUUUCAAUAAUAACAUUGUGGUGAAGCUGGACUUGUUCCACUGCCUGAGGCGUUUUUCACGGGAGAGCACCUCUGAGCAUCACCCUCUGUUUAGCACUUUCUGCCAGCUCCUCUCUGCAGCCUUCUCUGUGGUGGAUCAGGAGGACCUAGGGAGGCUCCAGGAUGCCUAUCGUUUCUGCGGUAUCCAUCCAGCCAAUCCCACCAAACAGCACAUACGGGAGCACUGCAGGACCAAAGUACCACAACCCACAGAGCUGCUAGACAGAGUGGAGAAAGUCCUAAAGCAUUUUCACCUGGCCAUGGACCCCAACAAUGUUCCACUCUUCAAAUCAUCCAUGCUGAAGACGUGGCGCAUACAGAGAGUGCACAUUCUCCGUGGUUGCCUCAGUGACCCUGAACUCUCAGAGGGCAUAAUGUACCGGUAUGGUGGAACACUUCAACUUAAUCAUGUACCCGGUGAAGGCGCCAAAGUCCCCAUCUGGAUUCCUGUCAGAGGUACAUCACAGCAAGAAGGGUACCACUUUCACCAGGCCCAAUGGAUCACAGGGACUCAUGUCUCCACUGAAUUGUUCCAGGCCCAGGGCAUGACAGGGGUGGCACGGUGGAACCACCAACGUAUGCUGGAUCUUAAGCAGCCAGGUGUCAUCCUUCCUGCUGUGUUUGAUCCAGCUCUAAUGGUUGAGUUAAAUUCUACCUCCAAGAAAGUGACUGGGGAGGAGAAGUAUCCUACACUUCAUCUCUCUGACAGAGACACUGGAGAGAGGUUUGGCCUAGAGUACACAGAGCCAGGCUGCCGUCCAGUCCCUCUGGAUUGGGACAAACACCGAACCCAAAAGAGAGGUGAACCAGCUGCUCUUUUGCCUCUUCCUCCUGUGCAGACACCCACUCCUACCCAAGUCCAAGCUCAACCUCCAGACACAGCACCUUCCUCCAGCCGGACACAGCUCUCUGACACAGCAUCCCCUGGACCAGCAUCAUCCAUCAGUCAUUUGCUCUCUGCUGGUGAACCUCCUGCAGUGAUGGAAAUCUCACAUGCUAAACCUGCUGCAAUCCAUAUGGUACAGAUGUUGUCACAAGGAAGCAUGGGACCUCCAGUUAAAAGGGAAACCUUAAAUACUCCACCCAUACCUUUGCAAUCCUCACCAAGGAGUGCCCGCACUGGACCAAUCAAGACUGGUGGACGAGUGUUCGUCUUGGACCAUAAACGCUGGACAUCACCAAUGAAGGAGGCUAUUGACAGCCUCCUAGACAAGUACCAUGGACAGAAAGACAUGUUAAAGCUUGUGGAUCAAGACUAUGCUGCUAUGGUCCAUCGGUCUGCCACAGAUCCAAACAGUCUGCUUCACCCCACAACCAAGUACCACAUAGCACAGUACAUGAAAAACCUGGCUAAACAGCUGAACACAAGUUCAUCAAUGAACACAAGUCAAGAAAAACUUUUGGAGACACAAAAACUGUGGCAAAGUUUAACUGAGGAAAGCGAGACUGUCCAUGUUCCAGUUGUAGAACUGCCACCAGCCAUUGUGAAUCCAGCAGUUCCGGUCUCUCAGCCAGCAUCUGAAAAGCAAGUAUCAAAAGAGAAUGUACAGAAAAUAGUACAGGAAAUACUGCUACAUCAACAGGAGCAGCAGCAGCAGCAGCAGCAACAAAAACCCAGACAGACGAAAAAAUGUCUCGCAUGUGGGCAGCCAAAAUCCCGCUACCAAAGUGAUGGAUCAUCAGUUCAUCACUUUUAUCAGCAAGGGCCUGUUAGGUAUCACUAUUGCUCCACAAAGGUGUUUAAAGCCUAUGCUGCAGAGGGACUGACAAAUCCAAGAAUGGCCUUUGAAGAGUUUGCCCAGACUGACUUCUUUCAGCGUGAACUGCAUCUUACAAAGCAAAGAGUAGAGGAAAAAGCUGAAAAGAAGAGGAAACUCUCGGAUCCUCAACCUCAGGGAAGAAUGUGCCGUUUCUGUCGCACAGAGCUAAGGCAGGGCCCAAACAGCAAGCACAUUCACACAGGGUUUCCAGGAGUGGCAGGAAAAUACAUUUACUGUCCAGCUAAAGUCCUCGCCUUAUACAAAGACAGAGGCAUGACACAGGAAAUGACAUGGAAGGAAUUUCAAGCUUCAUCAUUUUAUGGAAUGGAAAAGGAGAGGUGGGCAGCAGAGAGAAAUAAAUAGAAAUUCAUAUUUUAAUCAUCUGUUGUUUUUUUAUGUUGCUCCAUUGCUUUCAAUUACAUACACAUUUUUAAUCAGUCAUUGUUUUUAUGUUAUUCAUAUCCUUCCCUUAACAUUUAGAGCACAUGUGCUCUAAAUGGAGCAUAUUCUGGUAGAUUUCAGCUGUUUGUAAAUUGUGAUGUUUAAUCUAAUUUAUUUUAUUAUUUCCUUGUGUUCAUGUGUCUAAUUGAUCUUGUUCUUUUUUUUCUUGCAAAGGAUAUGUAUAUCAGAACUGAUAGUUAUUACCCAUUAUACAUUUAUUUUCAUACUUGUGUUAAGUCACUAUUGUUCUACUUCUACCCAGCCCCAUCCCAUUGCUUUGCUUUUCCUUAUACUUGUUUAUGUAUAUAUGUAUAGAUACUUUUUUCACAUGUUUGAGUUGAUUUAAUAAA